CUGGUUGCUACCCUGCCUGAGGAAAUUCGUCCUGGGCCUGAUUUCCAUGGACUUCCAUGGGAGCCUGUUAUUAUCACUGCCUUAGUGGGGGUUGCCACGCUUGCUAUAAUUUUCUGGAGAACAUGCCUUUCAGUAAAAAGUAGAAUAUAUCAGGUGACUGAAAAGCAACUUGCUGAAAAGAUUAAAAACCUUCUGCAAGAAAAAACAGAAAUCUUACAAAAGAUAUCAGAAUAUGAUCAAAAGAUAAAGGAAGCAAAGGAAUCUGUGAAAGUAGCCCAAGAACAAAAAGAUGUUCUCUCAGAUGAAACUGCAGGGAUUAAGGAUACUGUUAAAGAACUGGAAGAAGCAAAUCGUCAGUUAGAUGACAAAGUAAAAAAUCUGCACACAUUGCUUGAAACGGAGAGAAAAAAGAAUGAAAAGAAACAGAACAAAAUCUCCGAAACUCAGAAGUCCCUGGAGAAACUACAAGAGGCUAUCAGUGUACAUUCUGUGGAGCUUUCAGAGGUGCAGAUAGCCCUUAAUGAAGCUAAACUAAGUGAAGAAAAGGUGAAAUCUGAGCUUCAUCAUGUGCAGGAAGAGAAUGCCAGGCUGAAAAAAAGCAAGGAGCAACUGCUAAAAGAAGCUGAAGGUUGGAGUGAGAGGCAUACUGAGCUCAGUGAGCAGAUCAAACUGUAUCAGAAAUCUCAGAAGGACAUAGAAGAAGCACUUGUCUACAAGGAAAAUGAAAUUGAAGUUUUAACUAACUGCAUUAUGCAGCUGAAGCAGCUUGACACGGAUUCAGCAUCUGAAGGCAAGAAGGACGGCGAAGGGCAUGAAUGGAGCACAGGAGAGGACCUGGCCAAUGGAGAGCUGCCAGAUAAUGAGAGUGAGAAGAUGAAGACUCAGAUUAAGCAGAUGAUGGAUGUCUCCAGGGUAAAAACUAUGUUAUCCAUAGUUGAAGAGGACAGAAAUCUUCUGCAAACCAAACUGAGUGAUGAAGUAACAGCAAGACAUGAGCUGGAAGAGCAAAUAAAAAAGUUAGAACAUGACUCCUGUUCGUUCCAGUCGGCCAAAGCUCGGCUAGAAAAUGAAUGCAAAACACUACAGCAAAAAGUGGAGAUUCUUGGGGAGCUUUACCAGCAGAAGGAGAUGGCACUCCAGAAAAAACUAACUCAGGAAGAGUAUGAGCGUCAGGAGAAGGAGCAGAAGUUGUCUGCUGCGGAUGAAAAAGCCGUGCUGGCCAUUGAGGAAGUGAAAGUUUACAAGCAAAGGAUCCAAGAUAUGGAAGAAGAAUUGCAAAAAACAGAGAGAUCUUACAAAAACCAGAUUGCUGCUCAUGAGAAAAAGGCACAUGACAAUUGGCUUAUUGCCCGCUCUGCUGAGAGAGCUCUGGCUGAAGAAAAGAGGGAAGCUGCCAACCUGAGGCAAAAAUUAAUAGAGGUAAACCAAAAAAUUGUCAUGCUUCAAAGACCAUUAAUUGUAAAGCCAACUCCAGGCAGACCCGACCGCCAGGUCCCACCACGACGAGGGCCUUUAAGCAGAGAUGGCUCUUUUGGCCCGUCACCUGUGAGUGGAGGAAAUCCGUCACCCACACAGAUGAUUGAAGUUCCUGCCCGGCCCCUUUCUGCUCCUCGCAGGGAAGGCUCCAGAGGUGAAUUUGGUGCAGUGGUGGAUGGCCCCCCUGCUCCACGAAGACCACCAGAGUUAGCUGGAAGGAUGUCUGUUCCGGACCUUGGGCCUGCUGUAGCAUCCCUCAUCAGUAGUGGGCCAAGAACCUCCUCCCCUUCCUCAGCAAUGGAUGUAGUGGCUAAUGCCAGUCCCAAAGGCCCACCUUUCCCUGCAACACCUAUCAUGACCUCCCCAGUGAUGGGACCUCCACCUCCACCGCCUGUUCGCUACGGACCGCCACCGGCUCCUCUCCGUGGGCAUUUUGGGCCUCGUCCUCUCCCUGUGCCCUUAGUUCGUGGUGCUCCCUUGCCACCUCCAGCUGCGAGAGAUUUCUUACCCGGCCCACCCUUCGGAGUGAGAGAUCUGCCUCCUGGCCCACUCCCACCACCUCCAGACCCCAGGGGCUAUGGACGUGGGCACCCUCCUUUUCGACCCCUAGGUCCUCCUGGCCCCAGAGAUUAUCCUCCAGGCCCACGGCUCCCCCCACCUGGCUCCAGAGACUAUGCACCUUCUCCCAGCAGAGACUUGCCUCCCUUGGGAGCCAGGGACUGCCCCGCAGCCCCUCCAGCACCCGCAGCCCCAAAGGACUAUGCACAGCCUCCAGCGCAGAACCCCUGACGCAGCGCCCGGGCAGCAGCUCAGCACAAUGGGACUCGAGCGCACUUCCUACAGUCAGGAUUUUAGGAAAUGGCUCUCUGAUUGAGGCCAUUUGUCUCAUUUCAGUAUAUUUUGGCUUUGGCAGGAUUAAUUUUUAUCCAGUUGCUACAGACAUGUGCAUUUAUGAUCACCUUAAACUCAUCCAUCCUCUUGGGCUGCAAGAACCUUUUUGUGAUGGACUUGAACCUCCUCUAAACGUGCAAUAGAAAGGAAGUACCUGUGUGGCUAGUUUUAAUUAAAUGUAGCCUCUGUAACCAGUUGGUGAAUGAACUAAUUCCGUGACAAAAUGUAAAUUGAAUCAUUUCCUGUGGAAAUAAUUUUUUAAGUAAAAUGCUCUCCUACCUGCCUUCUCCACCACAUCAUUGAGCUGCAGUUGUUGUAGGCCAGGGGUUUACAUCAGGAUUGUGAGGUCUUGUUGGGGUUUUUUUCAGAGGAAAAAAAAGAUGCCUGGUCUGAGAUCGGAAGCACAAAUGACACUGUAUGCAAAGGAAAGUCGUAAUAAAAAGCAAAAUUCCUUUUGCUAAAUCCUG